AUGCCACCUCAAGCCCAACCCGCAACAACAACAUCAAUAUCUUCUCCAGAAUCAGAGAAAAUUCUGAAAAAUCGACCGAAAGGUAUGUUUUUUUAUUCAUUGUAAAUAUUGAUGACUCAUUUCUAUUUUUGCAGCCUCGGCUCUUCGACAACAAAAACUUCCCGCCUGGCAACCAAUUCUCACAGCAUCUACAGUAAUCCCAACUGUAAUCGCGAUAGGACUCAUUUUCAUUCCAAUCGGAAUUGCUCUUUUUCUCGCUUCGGAUUCAGUUUUCGAAUUAGAAGUUGAUUAUACUGAUUGUGGAUCACCGUGUACUAGACAAAUUGAAAUAAAAGAGGAUGUGAAAGGUGAUGUAUAUUUGUAUUAUUAUUUGGAGAAUUAUUAUCAAAAUCAUCGGAGAUAUGUAAAAAGUCGAACUGAUCAACAAUAUUAUGGCGAUAUUUUGGUAAGUAUUUUUUACAGUUUGAGAAUUGAAAAUACAGCAUUUUCUUAACUUCGUGAUUCACACCCUUUUUUUCUUGAAAAAACAUAAUUAGUGAGAGAGUGGCAAGACAACGUGAGAAAUUAUCAACGUUUCAGUGUGUGUGUUUGUGAUUUUGGAAUAUUUUUUACUAGUUGCUUUCAUAUUCAAAUAUAUUUUACACUGUGUUUUGAGGAAAAACUUACCAUCUAGCUAUCAUUAAAUCUUGAUCUUUCUGCUCUUCAAAAUAUCCAUUUUUUCAGAACGUCAAAGAUUGUGCGCCAUUCGACGUCGAUCCAGCCACCAAAAAACCCUAUGCACCAUGUGGCGCCAUCGCCAAUUCAAUCUUCAAUGACACUUUCUCUUUAACAUAUAGCGAUACUUUACCAGUAUUAGUCCCAGUUACCACAGAAGGUGUUAUUUGGGAUGUUGAUAAAGAUAAGAAGUUCAAAAAUCCAACAAUUCCAGCCGGACAAACAUUGUGCAGUGUUUUCAGUGUAAGUUGUUUUCCAUUUCUAAAAAAAGUUCCUUUAAUAAAUCGGAUUGUUUAGGGAACUGUAAAACCUCCGAAUUGGCAAGUUGAUCCUUGUACAAAUGGUGGAUUUGAAAAUGUUGAUUUUAUAAUCUGGAUGAGAACUGCGGCACUUCCAAACUUCCGAAAACUUUGGCGGAUUGUGAAUAAAGAAAAAGUUGGAAAUGCAGAUUUCACAAAUGGAUUGCCUAAAGGAACUUAUUCACUGACAGUUAUUAAUAGUGAGUUUUUAUUCAUUUUUUUUGGUUAAAACUAUGCAGUUCAACAAAAUGUGUGUUGUUCUAGACUAUCCUGUAAAAUCUUUCGGAGGCCGCAAAAAGUUCAUAAUUUCUACAACAAGUUGGGCGGGUGGCAAAAACUCGUUUUUGGGAAUUGCAUAUCUCGUGGUUGGGUCAUUAGCCAUUUUACUCGGCGUAGUUUUCAUUAUUAUUCAUGUCAAAUUUGGACAUUCGAUGAGCGAAUUGAGCAAUGUUAAUGGAAUGGAUCACUAA